AAGAAUAAAGAACUCACAAGUCCUUAUCCGCUUCUUCUUCGACACUACACCCCAAAAUGUCGAUAACUUUUUCUCUCCAAUCUCUCAAGCUUUCAUCCCCAUUCCUCCAUGGCUCAACUUCCCUCCCUCUUCUCUCAAAACCCAACUCUUCUCCCCCUCACCAACCCCUCCGAUCCCCGGCUUUUCUCCCUCCAAUCAGGGCAAUGAAAUCCAUGCAAGGCCGGGUCGUUUGUGCCACAAAUGACAAGACAGUGGCAGUGGAAGUGGUGCGUUUAGCCCCGCAUCCCAAGUACAAGAGGCGUGUUAGGAAGAAGAAGAAGUUUCAGGCUCACGACCCAGAUAACCAAUUCAAAGUUGGCGAUUAUGUGCAGCUUGAGAAGAGCCGGCCUAUUAGCAAGACCAAGACUUUCAUUGCGGUGGCUGUACCAAGUAGGAAUGGGAAGCAGGAGAAGGAGGAGGCAGGGGAGCUUGGGAUUCCAUUGGAGUCUAAACAGACUCAAGAGCAGCCGCAGGCUUAGUGUUAAGCCCUUCGCGUGGGCUCCUUUUGUUGUUGGUAAAUUUGUGAUCUUUUGCAAGUGAUUUCACUGUUUCAAAAACUGCUUUUCCUUAAUGUAAUAAUUGUCGUUUUUCAA